GGGAAGUAUAGGCUGUGUUGUCACGCCGGUGUCAGUCUGAUGAAGAUUGGCAUCAGGUGAAGUCUGUGAGACUUUAAGGCUUUCUGUCCUCCAUGCUGCUAACUAGAGAAGGAGCCGUGAACUGUGAUCUGGCUGUAGCUGCCGGGAAUCAUUUCUGGCCCAGCUGGAAGUGAGAAGAGGGGGUGAGUCUCCCGAAGACCAUCCCGGAGUCUGUGGGAUCACCCAACAAUCCUCCAUGUGAAUCAAUCCCAUGAUGCAACAUGCCUCCCCAGCCCCAGCUCUGACAAUGAUGGCCACGCAGAAUGUCCCUCCCCCACCCUACCAGGACAGCCCACAGAUGACGGCAACUGCCCAGCCCCCCUCCAAGGCCCAGGCUGUCCACAUCUCAGCACCCUCGGCCACUGCCAGCACACCUGUGCCCAGUGCCCCCAUUGACCCCCAAACACAGCUGGAAGCUGACAAACGAGCUGUGUACAGGCACCCUCUUUUCCCGCUCCUGACGCUGCUGUUUGAGAAGUGUGAACAGGCCACCCAGGGCUCUGAGUGUAUCACCUCUGCCAGCUUUGAUGUGGACAUCGAGAAUUUUGUCCACCAGCAGGAGCAGGAGCACAAACCCUUCUUCAGCGAUGACCCAGAACUGGACAAUUUGAUGGUGAAGGCAAUCCAGGUCCUGAGGAUCCACCUGCUAGAGUUGGAGAAAGUCAAUGAACUCUGCAAGGACUUUUGCAACCGUUACAUCACCUGCCUCAAAACCAAGAUGCACAGCGAUAAUCUGCUCAGGAAUGACCUCGGGGGGCCCUACUCCCCCAACCAGCCCUCCAUAAACCUUCACUCACAGGACCUCCUGCAGAAUUCCCCCAAUUCCAUGUCUGGAGUCUCCAAUAACCCCCAGGGGAUUGUGGUCCCAGCUUCAGCGCUCCAGCAGGGCAACAUCGCCAUGACAACCGUCAACUCACAAGUUGUGUCAGGUGGAGCCUUAUACCAACCAGUUACCAUGGUAACCUCCCAGGGUCAGGUGGUCACCCAAGCAAUCCCCCAGGGAGCCAUCCAGAUCCAGAACACACAGGUUAACCUUGACCUCACCUCCCUCCUGGACAAUGAGGAUAAGAAGUCCAAGAACAAACGAGGAGUCUUGCCCAAGCAUGCCACCAAUAUAAUGCGUUCUUGGCUCUUCCAACAUCUCAUGCACCCCUACCCCACUGAGGAUGAGAAGAGGCAGAUUGCAGCCCAGACAAACCUCACUCUCCUGCAAGUAAACAACUGGUUCAUCAACGCCCGGAGGCGCAUCCUGCAGCCCAUGCUUGAUGCCAGCAACCCAGACCCUGCCCCCAAAGCCAAGAAGAUCAAAUCUCAGCACCGGCCCACCCAAAGAUUCUGGCCCAAUUCCAUUGCCGCCGGGGUCCUGCAGCAGCAGGGGGGUGCCCCAGGGACAAACCCUGACGGUUCCAUCAACUUGGACAACCUGCAGUCCCUGUCCUCAGACAAUGCCACCAUGGCCAUGCAGCAGGCCAUGAUGGCUGCACACGAUGACUCAUUGGAUGGGACCGAAGAAGAGGAUGAGGAUGAGAUGGAAGAGGAGGAGGAAGAAGAGGAAGAGUUGGAGGAGGAGGCCGAUGAGCUGCAGACAACGAAUGUCAGCGACUUGGGCUUGGAACACAGUGACUCCCUGGAAUAGUCAGGCAGCCCAGAUGGCACUGGUCACUGAGCAGGAAAGGAGUGUCAUCAGGAGGGUUCAGGGUGGGGGGGAGGGGAUAUGGGCAGCACCAAGAAAGUUGGGCCCGAGCUUCCCCAAAUUGUAGCUUGAAGAAAUGCAAAGGAGACACCCUGCUCCUUCUCAACCACCAAGCUUCAGUGAACACCCAGCCCCCGACCCUCAGACUGCAGAGCACUCCAUUUGCUGGGGCCAGUCAAGCAGCCUGUGAAGAAAGACAGAGUGAGAACUGGACUCACCAAACACCCAAGGACAGGUGGCACCCAUGGCCCCACAUGGAAAAGGACUUGCAUUGUUUACAAGCCCUGUACUGCGAGGUAGACAGGUGCUGUUUGCAGAGUAGACCUUUGUCAAGGGACAGAUUUGGGAGGGAAGGGGGAGGCAAAGGGGUCUAAGAUCUUCCCCCAGGAGGAUCUGAGUUCCCUUGAAAGACACUCAAGAGCAGGAGGGAGCCCAAAAGCAUAACCAGUGGCCAGAGGAGGGGUAAGGCCUGGGGCAGCAGCAAAUCUGCAGAUCAGAGAGGGACCUGGUCUCCAUAGGGCUCUAACUUGCCCCACCAGGGCCCUGUCUCUGGGCACAGCAGCUAUGGACUUGGGAGAUGGGAAGGAAGCCAGAUGGGACUCCUUCUUCUCUUGGAAAUACAUUGUCAGUGGGUCCAACCUGUAGGAGGUUAAUGAGGAAUCUCUCCAUCUGGGUCAACUAGGACCAAGGAAGUAGCAGAACCUGGAUCAGGAGCCAUAUUAAGAUGACUUUGGGGAUCACAGCAGUCCCUAGGUAGUCACGUUAGAGCUCCUGUAACAAGAGAACUAUGGCAUCUUACCCUAGAUGGUCUGCCCUCAGAUGGAGUUCCUCAGAUGUUCCAGCUCCUCUGGAGACCUUUAGAGAGGUGGGGCUGAGAUGUCUUCCUACACCACAGCCCCCCGCCCAUGGUAUCCCUCUGCUCCCAGGCUGACAGCAUCAGUCUUCAGCCUCCCUUCUUCAUUCUAUCCUUCAGAGAAGGCAGAAGAAACAUUGAGAAGAGGCAUUAGCCCAGUGGGAAGCCAGGGUUUGAUGAAAAUGCUGCAUCUCUUCCCUUAGUACCCGAAAUGGCAGGGGAAUGGCAGCUGAGGGCUGAUCUGCACACCACCACCGUUCUCAUUGCUGGAGGAAAUGGGGCUCCUGGGAGGAGGCUUUCCACCAUCUACCCUAACUCAGACUCUCCAAGCCCAACUUGGAGGGCCCAUAAUUGGCACCCACUCCUUCUGUCGCCUCCCACCCUAUGGCUAUGAAUGGCAGGACUGAUCACAUGUGUUUUUUACUUUGGGUUUAAUUUGAUGGAUGUGCAGUUUCAUUUGUCAAUUGUGCAUUAGCCAUCUUCCUCAGUGGCAGGAUGUGAGUGGCUACAUGGUUCAACUGGAGGGGACCCUCAGGGCCCUCUGGGCUCCCCCCCCUCACCUAGUUGGAGUGGAACAAAAGAAUAGUCUCUUUUCUGAGGUCUCCCAGAAAUGAAUGUAUUUCUCCCCCAAAAGAGCUGAUAUUUAAUGUUUUACUAGGGAUUUUUGAGAAACAAAUAACCUUAUUUAUAAUCUGGGUGAUCCAAUCAUUUUUUACUCCCUUUUGGUGUCGUGGGUAGAAGAAAGGGGAGCUUUUGACGUGAGACUUUUGCAACACGCAGUGGGAUAAAAGCAUUUCCUCUUCUGGUUCAUUGUUCUUGUUAAAAUACACACAUGCACACAUAACUUUUUCCACUCAACACCGUGACAAGCAUCCCACCCAGCACAGACAUGCGUGCAUACAUGUGAGUGUGCACAUAUGCCCACAUCUCUUCCUCCCUGUCCCUUCCACCUGCCUAAUGUUAUGCAACCUCCUUCCGAUGUAUCCACCAAACCAGUACUGAAUGUGGCUGCGAAGUUUUCAGUAAACCUUAUCACCUAUCGCAA